ACCCAGAGACCAAAACUCGCAUGCUUGUUGUUCAACAUGUCAAUGGAAAUUUGAGAACAUUUCUAAAUAACUCAAAAUCAUUAAAAUGGCAUGAGAAGAUAAAGAUGGCCGUCGAUUUAGCAGAUGCAAUAGAAUUAAUGCAUAGGUGCAAUAUAAUACACUACGAAUUGCAUACAGCAAGCAUAUUUGUAGAUGGGAAAAAGCUACUCUUCACAGAUCCCAGAUUAUGUUCACUGUUUAACACGACCUCGUCUUUAGAAACAAUUAAUAGCAUGAUCCCUUUUGUCGAUCCUUGUAUUUUACUCGACCCAUAUCGUACGGUUGACAAAUCCUCGAAUGUUUAUAGUUAUGGU